UCUCAGCCUCCCAAAGUGCUGGGAUUAUAGGCGUGAGCCACAGAGACCAGCCUAUAUUCAUUUUAAACAAAGAGAUAUUUACAUUAUGUGUAGGCAUCAGUGAAUAUUAAGUAUGCUAAAACAGCAAGUUUUAAUCUUUCAGUCCUGUUAUAUUUCUACUUUUAUCCAAAUGUGUCUCUUAUGUAUGAAUCGGAGGAGCAGAAUUUGAUCCUUGCGUAUAAAAUAUCUUACUGACCCUCACCGAAAGAGAGAGCCAAGAAUAGGUGCUUCAGAUCACAGUCAGAGGCUGACCUGUGCUUACCCAGGCUGGGGGCCUGCCUGGCAUGUCAGUGUCAUCUGUACACAGCAUCUUGGAGGGUGGGCCACCCCUUUGCAUAUCUGAUGUGAUGAACUGCUCACUACCUCAUAAACUAGCCCACAUUGUUUUUAGAGGCUCUUUGUUAGAAAGUCCCUUGUAAUUUUGACCUGAAACCUUUUGCCCGGUGAUUAUUAUCCAUUGGCCCUAGAGGCAGCUCCUAAAUGGACAGACAAGAAACUUGUCACGUGUCAGUUCUGUCUAUAUAAGACAGCUCUAGCUUACACCUGUUGUCCUAUUAUAAUUAUUAAUUAAUUAUUAAUAGUGUUCCCCUUCAUUCUCUUGUCCUAGUUAAGGUGAUAAAUUAUGCAUAUGACAUCCUAUAGAAGACUGUCACCGCCCCACCUCACUGAUCAGCUCUCUGCCUACAGCCACACCCACAGAACGUUCAGCCAUUUCUCCUGUGGUUUCCAGCGCGCACAGCGUCUGCACAUGGGACUCUGGAAUACUGACCUACAGUCUGAGUUCCCGUGCCCUUGCCUGGGGCUGACUCUCUACUUGACCUGUAACCCACAACUGGGCAAGAGAAAAUUCUGCAGCCACAGCUCUGAGGACAUGAGCAAAAUGGUUUCCAGAUGGAAUGUCAAGGAUUCACAUGAAGUGGCAGGGAGUCUUCAGGCCACACUUCAGGUUAUCUCCUUCUCUUUCCCUUUUCUGCUUCACUCUUGCUCAUAUCCUUCUCGCCCCACAUCUGGUCAGAGGAGAUAGGAAGGUUCUUGUUACCUGGUACAAGACAACUUUUGGAAUCCCAGAUAUUCAGAUUAUUUCCCCUUUUCCUCUUUGCAAAUGAUAAUACU